GGAGGUGGUGAAAAAGACCAGCGGCAGCGUUGAAUUCACGCUGGCACAGACGACAGACAGGCGGGCGGACGAGCAGACAGGCAAACGGACGCGCGAGCCACGCAAUGAGCAGCGACUCGAGAUGGCGGCAUAGCUUUCCAGUCACCAUCCAGCAGCACGGCGCAGCCGCCUCCUCCUAGACGGGCACCCGCAUAUAUAUAAUAAAUAUACGGCAACUGCAGACCGAAACACGAGAAUCACAGCAUCAGACACGGGCAGCCUCUCUGUCUGUCUCGUCUCAACUGCUAAAAACUAGCUACAGGGCUCCUCCAGACACGAACCGGCCUGAGUUGGCCCGCUACGUGACCUAUCUCGACGUGCUUCGUGUUACUGGGUACAACUCAAGAACAUCAUGGCGAGCAAGAAACCAUCGUCCCCUACGCCAACUGGCCGCAGGACGCCCUCGACUGAUGCUCAGACGAGCCCAGGCAGACCGCGAAAGGUCUCCUCGCAGUCUCCUGGCGCGGCGACGAAUGGCGUUGGCCGCUCCCCCUCGACCAAAGGGUCACCAGGUCCAGUCUCAGCCCGUGCCGCAGCCGCAAGGAGGGCUGGGUUGGGCCGAUCCAACUUAAGCAUGAGCAGCGUACCACGGCACUACCCCCAUAAUAAUGAGGACGAGGAAGCCCGGGCAGCCAGCACGGCCCUGAUCGAAGAUCUCAAGGAUCAAGUCCAAAAGGCGGAGACUGUCGCUGACCAGUAUCGAAAACAGCUCGGCCUGCUGCAGAUGAGGCUCGAUGAGGCAGUCAGCGAGCAGACCCGGCUCGAGGAACAGGCACAUGAGAAAGACGGCCAGAUAAACCCGCUGCGUGACGAAAUCAAAGAGCUUCACAGACAAAUCCGGGAUCUGGAGCAAAAGCAUGAGACCGAGCGUGAGUCGAUGAUGGCAGACAAAGAGAACCAGGCAAAGAGGGAGGAAGAGCUCGAGGCUUCCAUCCAGCGGUUAAAGGAGACUAUUGCUCAAAAGGACCUUCGAAUGGGAGUUGACGGCGAACGCAACCUUUCUCGCUCUCCGAGUUUCCGUAACCGCUCAUCUCCAGACAUAGAAAACGGACAAUUUGCUCCAUCUUCAUCUCAGCUUCAACGUAGUCCAUCCAGAAAUAACUCGAAACUGAUACUUCAAAAAGACAAGCUCAUCGAAUCCCUACGGCUCGAGCUGGCCGAAGCACAGAUCAAAAUCGUUGAAAUGGAGAAUCUGGGAGGAGGCCGUCAGCAGGAACUAGAACGAGAACUCCUUGAAGCCCGCAUGGCCAACGCCCGUCUAAUGGAAGACAACGAAAGCUACCAGCUUCUGCUCAGCGAGCGGACCUUGAAUGGGGAUUUCACCAAGGGAGACUUUAUGCACGAGGCCCACCCGCCUGCUAACGCCAACGGGACCGGUGGCUCUUCGCUUGCUGAUGAACUAGAUUCCGUCGGCGAGGGAGGUGAAGACAACGAGAAACGCAAGCUGGAGAGCGAGCUGAAGAGUUACAAGGACCAGAACAAGGCUCUGAGCCUUUACAUUGAACGAAUUAUUGGCAGACUGUUACAACACGAAGGCUUCGAACAUAUACUCGACAAAAGUGAUGCCGAUAACACAGGCCCCAAGGGCGGAAACAAGGACAAGGAACUUCCUCCACCGCCUCCCGCUGAGAAAGAUGAAGCACCAGAGCAACAGCAAUCAUUCCUUCAGCAGGCCAAAUCUGUUGUAUCCGGCCAACCUGCCCGUUCUAACAAUAGACAGAGACCACCUAGUCAACUCACACAAUCUACAUCUACUCACUCCCCUCCUCAGUCCUCCCCCCCAGAACCGCCCACUCCAUCCGCUCAUGAAAACCCCGACACUGCUCCUAGAAUCCCGCUUGGACGCUCUCGCACCGUCCAGCACCGUCGAACAAGAUCAGACCAGCUGGACAAUGCCGGCGCUGCAGCUGGAACGGCAAGCGUAAUCAGCCAGAUGUACCGCGGCCCUCCCAGCGGCCGCUCCCCAUCCACAGGCCCCCUCAGCCCUGGCAUCAGCCCGACCCUGUCAAACAACGGCCCGUUCUUUGCUCCUGGCGCAGCAUCCAAGCGCUCAUCUGUCGCCACUGCACCAGGCGGUACGGGCACCUCUAUCUCCACGCGCAGUGCUGACCGCCGUUUCAGCGGUGCUGCAAGCUUGACCAGUGAAAGAAGUGGAGAUGUUGGGUCUAUGGAAGGCGGCGCUGCAUCAGCCAGUCCUCCUCGCUCCGGCCCUGGAAUGAACAACUAUACUGGGGCAGUGAUGCAGCAGAACAAGCUGCGUCCACUACGCCUGGUGCAGGAGAACCAGGAGAUGGAUGCCGAUACCCUGGCUGAUGAAGCUGCCCGCAAGAAGGCAAAUAGAGGCAGUUGGGCAGGAUGGUUCAACCGCGGCAGCUUCACGAUGUCUGAUUCCAGCAACUCGCGGCCAUCGUCUUGAUCCCUUUCUAUCCAUCCAUCUAUCCACGCAGCCACUAUUGAUUUAUGCCUUACCUCGUCUUGGCUUGAGAUAAAGAUCUAUUUCGAAAUAGUGUAUUAGAUAUCCCCCAGUUUUAUGUCAUUUACUAUGUUAUUUUCCUU